UCUCAUUCCGCUUCUCUAUCUCUAUAAAUAGUCUGCUAUAGUCAUCGCAGCAGCGCUUCGAGUAGCAGUAAGCAGGAAGUCCGUUUCUUCUCUCUUCUUGCCUUCGAGGGUUGGGGAGGAGAAGGUAGAGACGAAGCCAUGAGCGCUUACGCUCUCCACCUCGCCAUGGCGGCGCUCGUGGGCGCCUCCUUCGUCGCCGUAUCCGCCUACUAUGUCCACCGCAAAACCCUAGCCCAGCUCCUCGAGCUCGCCCGCGCCGUCGACCGCGAUCGGGACGGCGGCGCCGAUGGCGAAGGGGACGGGACCUUCAGGCGCGGCCCGUCGCUACGACACGGUGGCCGCCGGAAGGGUCCCGGGUACUACCGCCGCGGCGCCGGGUCGGUGUCGCUCCCGGACGUGAUGGCGGCGGUGGAUGGUGAGGAGGAGGAUGAGGAGGAGAGGGUCCAGAGGCGGCGGCCGGUUGUGAAUGGCCCGUUCUUGGGGGACGCGGAUGAGGUUGCCCUCCGGGGCUUCCCGAUUCCCCCUGGGUUGCCCCGGCUGCAGACAGUUCCGGAAGGUAAUAAGCAAUCUGUUCAUUCAAGUUUCAAUAAAAGAGCAGCGCAUGGUAUCAGACCAACUUCUCCUAAGUCUCCUGUUGCCAGUGCUAGUGCCUUUGGGAGCCAAGAGGGAUCUGAUGAAGAUGAUAAUCUACCAAAUGAUUCUGGACUUGACAAUACCUACUUGGAAACUAAUGGAGACAUUGAUCAAGAGAAUAAGAAUUUGUUUCAAGCUUUGCCUGAUCAUAUCACUGACAAUGGGGAUCAGAAGUCAUUAGCUGCAUCUAGUAUUAUCCGAUCUCACAGUGUAUCUGGUAAUCUUCACGGUGGCCAGCCUCACCCAGUAGCAGCUGAUAUUCUUAGAAAAGAGCCUGAACAAGAAACUUUUGUCAGACUGAGAAUUACACCAAAUGAGAAACCAUCUCCUGAUGAAGUCGAGGUCUAUAAGAUUCUCCAGAAUUGUCUUGAUCUGAGGGACAGUUAUGUCUUUAGGGAGGAGAUUGCUCCAUGGGAGAAAGAAGUCAUAACUGACCCUAGUACACCAAAGCCUAAUCCUAGUCCAUUUGCCUACACUGCUGAGCAGAUGUCAGAUCAUGUCUUUCAAAUGGAAGAUGGAGUAGUUCAUGUUUAUGCAAAUAAAGAUUCAAUGGACAGAAGACUUUUCCCUGUUGCUGAUGCUACAACUUUUUUUACGGACUUGCAUCAUAUUCUUCGAGUGAUUGCAGCAGGAAAUAUUAGAACCGUAUGCCAUCGCCGUUUGGUUCUUCUUGAGCAAAAGUUUAACCUUCAUUUAAUGCUCAAUGCGGAUAGAGAAUUUCUUGCUCAGAAAAGUGCACCACAUCGUGAUUUUUACAAUGUCAGGAAGGUUGAUACACAUGUUCAUCACUCUGCAUGCAUGAACCAGAAGCAUCUACUUCGAUUUAUAAAGUCAAAGUUGCGAAAGGAGCCUGAUGAGGUUGUAAUUUUCAGAGAUGGGACUUAUUUGACAUUGAAAGAGGUUUUUGAGAGUUUGGACUUAACUGGGAGCGACCUAAAUGUUGAUCUUCUAGAUGUCCAUGCAGACAAGAGUACAUUUCAUCGUUUUGAUAAGUUCAACCUCAAGUAUAAUCCUUGUGGCCAGAGUAGGCUAAGGGAGAUCUUCUUGAAACAGGACAAUCUCAUACAAGGUCGAUUCCUUGCUGAGCUGACAAAGCAAGUUUUUUCUGACCUUGCUGCAAGUAAAUACCAGAUGGCUGAAUAUAGAUUGUCAAUAUAUGGAAGGAAACAAAGUGAGUGGGAUCAACUUGCAAGUUGGAUAGUGAAUAAUGAAUUAUACAGUGAAAAUGUUGUUUGGUUGAUUCAGCUUCCGCGUUUAUACAACGUGUACAAGGAAAUGGGCAUAGUUACAUCUUUCCAGAACAUGCUUGACAAUAUCUUCCUUCCCCUUUUUGAGGUUACAGUAAAUCCAGAUUCACACCCUCAGUUACAUGUUUUCCUGAAACAGGUUGUGGGGUUGGAUUUGGUGGAUGAUGAAAGCAAACCAGAAAGACGUCCAACAAAGCACAUGCCAACACCAGAACAAUGGACCAAUGUUUUCAAUCCUGCAUUUUCAUACUAUGUAUAUUACUGUUAUGCCAACCUGUACACACUGAAUAAGCUCCGUGAGUCGAAGGGCAUGACAACCAUCAAGUUUCGACCCCAUUCAGGAGAGGCUGGUGACAUUGACCACCUUGCUACAACUUUUCUUUGCGCUAAUAAUAUUGCUCAUGGGAUCAACCUAAGAAAGUCCCCCGUUCUUCAGUACUUGUAUUAUCUUGCUCAGAUUGGUUUGGCGAUGUCUCCUUUGAGCAACAACUCCUUAUUCCUUGAUUAUCAUCGGAAUCCACUACCAAUAUUCUUCCUUCGAGGUUUAAAUGUUUCUCUUUCAACGGAUGAUCCUUUGCAAAUCCACUUAACAAAAGAACCUUUGGUGGAGGAGUACAGCAUUGCAGCCUCAGUUUGGAAGCUAAGUUCAUGUGAUUUAUGUGAAAUUGCUAGAAAUUCAGUUUUACAAUCUGGCUUUUCACAUGCUCUAAAGUCACAUUGGAUUGGGAAAAGUUACUAUAAGAGAGGCCCUGAAGGAAAUGAGAUCCACAAAACAAAUGUGCCUCAUAUCCGAGUUGAAUUCCGCAACAUGAUAUGGAAAGAAGAGAUGCAACUAGUGUAUUUAGGAAAGGCUAUCAUACCUGAUGAAAUUGAUAAAUGAAUCCUUCUUCUGGUUGUCAGCUUGAUACCUGAUUAAAGAUGAGCUUGUUGGGGGCACUGGUGUCCGGCCAAAGCCAUGAAGUAUGAGCUCAGUCAGAACUAUCUAUCAUCAGAAAUAGAAC